AUGCAUGCAAAAACAAAGAUUUUGGAACGUCUUAGCCAAGUUUUCUCUCGAGAGACAUCGGAAAGAGCUGGCACAUCGACAUCUAGUGUCUCUACUAUCUCCGAUGAAUUCGAAGGUCCGGAACAAACGAUCGUUGACAUGUAUGAUGCACCUCCAAAGACUGAGUUUGAACCCAUUGAACGACAACGACACUUUGGAAUCCUCCACUAUACUGUCAAUAACCGGUUUCGAAAAAUGAUGUUAAUUGGAGUCAUCAAUGUCAUUUUGAUUGUUUCCUUCUUUUUAUUCAUCUUCUUUUUUGUAAUACAACCAAAAACUGGAGGUGGAGGAGAUGAAUUUCAGUCUUCCACGUUGCACAGAGGGGCGGUGACAACGUCGUCUCCUCCUGUGCUGAGUUGUACAAAUGACUUCGUGCUGAUCAAUGAGAAAUGCCUGAAAUUGAAUGUAACUGCAUACAGUAAACCAACAGCAGAGACAAUUUGUAAUCAGGUUGGAGCAACAUUGCUCUCUAUUAAUAGUUUGAAGGAAAACCAGGAAGUAGUCGAUUAUCUGAAAACUCAAAAUGCGUCUUCCGUUUGGAUGAGAUUGGUUUGUGAUAAUAAUGACAAGAGUUCAUGUCACUGGAAUCCUGGAGAAAAUGUCACAUACAGUAAUUUCACUAAAGGAUCUCCUACUUCUGACGCAAAGUGUGUCUCAUUAUCACUCUCUGGGGAUACGACAGGGCAGUGGAAGAGUGAAUACUGUAAUCAGCAACUGCCAUUUGUCUGUGAGCUGCCUACAACAUCACCAGACAACUGUCCCUACAACUACAACCAUCACUGCUAUCUCCGAUUCGACAAAUCUCUCUCAUUCUCUGAUGCUCAAUCCACGUGUCAAAAGCAUUGUGCCAACUUGCCAUCCGUUCACUCUUCCUCUGAAAACCUGUAUCUCACCUCUAUCUAUGGAUUCCAAAACCAAAAUCUCUUUCUCGGAGGAUUCGCUUCUUCUCAAAACAGUAUAUACUGGAUCGACGGUUCACCUACAGACUAUAUUAAUUUCAAUUCUUUUCAUAGCAAUUUCGCAUGUGUAAUCAGUCAUAUGGGUGACGGAGGUCGGAAUGUAUUCGAAAAAGAAGGAAUCAGCCAUGAAGCAUGGAUAGAUGAACCAGUUGAAGCCAUCGGAAGAAUCGGUUGA